UGACAUCCCGUCAAUGUCCGGUGGUGGGGUACGGGGAUUUUGUGUCAAUUAACCUCAACAUGGCCGGAUCGGUGGCUCGUGUAUUUUCCACAAAAUUUUUAGGCCAUGCCAAACGCUCACUUGGUCUCAAUUUUACUCAGACCGCAUCUCUGUCAACACAGGUCGAACCCAAAAUACAAAAAAAUGAAGAGCCCUCAGGGAUGAUAGACCCCUUGAAGCACCCGGAUUUCUUCAGUGUUCAUGAAUUCUUCACGAUAAAAGAUCUCUUUGAUGCUCGAGUGCACUUUGGCCACAAAAUUGGAUCGCUUGACGAUCGAAUGAAACCGUACAUCUACGGAUCUCGAUUGGGACACCUGAUUUUCGAUCUUGACAAGACAGCUGAGCACCUCCGAGAUGCCCUGAACUUCACAGCUCACAUCGCCUUCCAGGGUGGCCUGAUCAUGUUCAUCUGCCGCAAGCCCCAGGUGACUCAUUUGGUGGAAAAAACCGCAAAGGAGUGCAAUGAAUUCGCUUUCACGAGGUACUGGAAGAACGGGACCUUCACGAAUUCCACGAGACUCUUUCAAGCAGUGACGAGACUCCCGGACCUCUGUAUCUUUAUCAAUACCCAGAACGAUGUCCUCUUCGAGAGUUUGGCUGUACGAGACGCCGCCAAAAUGUGCAUCCCCAGUGUUGGAAUCGUUGACACUAAUUGCAAUCCCAAUUUAAUUACUUAUCCAGUCCCUGGGAAUGACGACAGCCCCGUUGCUCUCGCUUUGUACUGCAGAUUGUUCAAAGAGGCCAUCCUCAGGGGCAAGGGAGCAAGGGAAAAGCUGGAGAACUUCAGGGAGUAGCUUUAGAUUAUUUUUUGUGUAUAUUUGCUGCAUUAUAAAGUGAGUUUUGAAGGA